UUUCCAUAGCAGCGGGAGUGCGUCCGUGCCGAGCCGAGCCCCGCCGAGCCCCGUCGAGCCCGCCCGCCCUCCCGGCGCCUCGGCUCGUCCGCCAUGAGUGAGCCGGAGGUGGAGGCUCUCGUCUCUCGGAAGUACGAGAUCAAGAAGCGGUUGGGCAAGGGGGCUUAUGGCAUUGUAUGGAAAGCAAUCAAUCGCAAGACAGGAGAAAUAGUUGCUGUUAAAAAAAUUUUUGAUGCUUUCAGGAACAGAACGGAUGCUCAGAGAACAUUUCGAGAGGUUAUGUUCCUGAAGGAAUUUGGAGAACAUCCAAAUGUUAUCAAGCUGCUUGAUGUUAUCCGAGCUCAGAAUGAUAAGGACAUCUACCUCAUCUUUGAGUCAAUGGAGACAGAUUUACAUGCUGUGAUUAUGAAGGGGAAUUUGCUGAAAGAUAUCCACAAGUGUUACAUUCUCUACCAACUCCUGAAGGCAACUAAAUUCAUCCACUCAGGAAAUGUUAUUCACAGAGAUCAGAAGCCUUCAAAUAUCUUACUGGAUGCAGACUGCUUUGUUAAACUUUGUGAUUUUGGGCUGGCCCGUUCUUUAUGUCAGAUGAAUGAGGACCAAGGCAAUCCUGCUCUAACGGAAUAUGUGGCAACACGCUGGUACCGAGCCCCUGAGAUCUUACUUUCCUCUCGGAGUUACACUAAAGGUGUAGACAUGUGGAGCAUUGGCUGUAUUCUGGGAGAGAUGCUACUUGGAAAACCUCUUUUUCCAGGAACAUCAACAAUGAAUCAAAUAGAGCAGAUCUUGAGGGUCAUUCCUGCCCCAUCCCCAGAAGAUAUUAUGGCUAUACAGUCAGAUUACAGGGCCUCAGUUAUUAACUGCAUGAGUUCCCGGCAGCGAGUAACAUUUGAGGAGAUCUUACCAUCCUCCACUCCAUUGCCUGCCUUGGAUCUUCUGAAGAAACUUUUAGUAUUUAACCCUGAUAAACGACUCACAGCAGAGGAGGCUCUGCAGCAUCCUUAUGUGAAAAGGUUUCACUGUCCUGCCAGGGAGCCCUCUCUGGACUACGACGUGAUUCUUCCUUUAGGUGAUGAUAUCCAGCUGUCUGUGGGAGAAUAUCGAAAUAAGUUAUAUGAGGUGAUCCUUGGAAAGAAAUUAAAUAGUCAUCCAAAGGAGCAAGUGCAGAGAGAAAACAUUCAACUAAGUCAGUCUGAAUCCAGGCCACUUCCAGAUUCCAGUUCUGUGACUUUACCUACCAGGAAAGGCCAGAGACAACCAACUCUGCCUCUUCUAAAAACUUCGUAUGUGCAUGCUGGAACUACAAGUAGUGUCCAGCCAGAAGUAUCCAGCCGGAGUGAAGACUUAGGAAGAGCUUUAUGUCAGAGAUCAAAGAUCAGUGUGAUAUACAAUCCCAUAACACACACUGUUGUUCAAAAUAAUGCAAAUUCUGGUGCUGUGAUCAGGAACUGUUCUGCACCACCUUUUCAACAGGCCAGAAUCUCCAACAAUAGGAAACUUGAGAGACGAAUCACGUGGGCAAAUGCGAAUGCUUGGCUACCUCCUACAAGUGUACAGAACCUGUAUAAUAAUCCAAGAAAUACUCAGUUUCAGAGCAAAGAUGUUCAUCCCCUUCUGAAGCCCAGUAAAAAGAUGUUCCAGAUUACUGCAAACGUGGGAGCUGCUGGUGAUCCGAAAGCAUUCAUGGGCAGUUACUCCCAGGCCUAUGGAACCAUAUGUAAAUCUGCGCUGCAGAGCCUUCCGAUAUCAAAAUCCUCCCAACAAUACCAGCAGUGAACAUGGAAGCAUUCUAACCAGGUGAGGUACGUGAUCUCAUCAGUCCCCUAACUAAACCAGUGAGAGCAAAAUAUAACAGGCAUUUGACAGUUAGUCCAGCUGAAGAGAAACGCUUUAUUUAUUGCAUGGAACAAUGUACUACUUUCCUCUGGACAAACCAAACGGAAAAAGAAUCUUACCCCUUUGCCUUUGUCUUACCAGACAGGGCACAGCACUAUUUGCUCCCAUACCAUGAGAACAAAGAAUACUGUCAGUUAAUGAUCCUUGUUUGAAUUAUUGCAAAAAAUUACAGAAAAUUGCAGUAUUCUGAUACUUGAAUAUUUAGACUUAUUCAGAUACAUUCAGGGCCUAUGUGAACCUCAACUGAGGUUCAACAAGGCCAAGUGCAAGGUCCUGCACCUGGGUCAGGGCAACCCCCAGUAUCAGUACAGGUUGGGGGAUGAAGGGCUUGAGAGCAGCCCUGGGGAGAAGGACUUGGGGGUGCUGGUGGAUGCAGAAUUGGAUGUGAGCUGGCAAUGUGCACUCGCAGCCCAGAAAACCCAAGCAUAUCCUGGGCUACAUCAAAAGAAGCAUGGCCAGCCUUUAGAGGGAGGGGAUUCUCCCCUCUGCUCUGCUCUGGGGAGGCCUCACCUGGAGCACUGCAUUCAGCUCUGGGGUCCCCUGCACAAGACAGACAUGGAUUGGUUAGUGCAGGUCCAGAGGAGGGACACAAAAAUGGCUCAAGGCCUGGAACACAUCUCUUAUAAAGAAAGGCUGAGAGGCUUGGGGUUGUUCAGCCUGGGAACAGGAGCUGGAGAAGGUUCCAGGGAGACUUUAUUGCAGCCUUUCAGUACUUAAAAGGGGGCUUAUAAGAAGGGCAGAGAGACUUUCACCAAGGCCUGUAGUGACAGUAAAAGGGUCAGCGGUUUUAAACUAAAAGAGGGUAGGUUUAGACUGGACAUAAGGAAGAAUUUUUUUACGAUGAUGGUGGUGAUACACCAGGUUGCCCAGAGCAGCUGUGGAUGCCCCAUCAUGGGAGGUGUUAAAGGCCAGGCUGGACAGGGCUUUGAGCGACCUCAUCUAGUGAAAGAUGUCCCUCAAGGCAGGGUGAUUGGACUUAGGUGACCUUUGAAGGUCCCUUCCAACCCAUUCUAUGGUUCUUCAGCAGUUUCAGGUGCACUGCCUAAAUGUAGAUUUACCUUUCUUUUUUUUUAUGUAGAUUUACCUUUAUUUUUUGAGUGGAACAGGUAACCAGCUGUUCUCUGAAGACCAAGAAGACUGAACUCUUCACAGAUAAUCUUAAAGCACUUCAUUUUGGUUUCCACUAAUUUCUAUGGCCCUUCUAGGGUAAAUGAACAUAAUCAACAGUGGCUUAUUUUCAUUAAUAUCAAGUAGAAAAGCAUUUUAAAUAUAGGUGGGAUCUGCUGUAAUAUUUAAUAGCUUACCUACCCUGUAAUAUUGUAAAUAUUGUAAUAAUAAAUACUUUAUAUUCCA